UAAACAUCCCACAAAGCUUGGAAAUUAGAGAAUAAUUUCUUGAAAAUGAAUGUGAAGUGUUGGAACCAUGAGGAUGUAUUUAAUGGAAGUUUUAAAACUAGGUUGCUUGCACAAAUGUUGAUUGUUCAAGAUCAAAUAUAGACAAUCGACAAGCUGGAUUUUUUUUUUUUAUGUUGUUACUUUUGUGCACUUGAGGAAGGUACAUAAAUCCAGGCAGAUGAUUUGUGCAAAUAAUGUACUGUCUGUGGCUUUGAAUAAUGACAAGUAGCUCAGGGGCCAUUCUUUAGGCUUUUAUUUAUGGUAAUCUAUUUGAUACUUAGUGGAAAUCAAAUUACGCAGUGUACAGAUUUGUGUUUCUUCAAAUCAGUGGAGAAAUUUUAAAUUUUUAUUGCUUGCUUUUUCUCCUAGACCAAUAGUUCUGUAUCGUUUUACCAUCUAUAAAUUAUUAUUGAAUAUAUAAAUUAUUAUUGAAUAUCCUGUCCCUAGCCAAAGCUAAUGGUGAAAAAAAUAAAAAGAAAUAGUGAAAAAAAGUUGGGACUGCUUUUCUCAUCUUGCAGAAUGAUUUUCCUCUAAAGUGACGGAGGAGGGAUUUAAAGGGGAAGGCAAACUAAAUUCAGAGAUCUCACUAAGAAAAAUUUAAGUUAUAUUGAUGAACAAUUCCAGAGUUACAACCAGAUCUAUCUGUGGUAUCAGGUCCCACCCUACCUACCCAUACAUUUCCAGGAAUUAAUACUUUUAUAAGCAGGAUAUAGGACAAUAAAUGCAAAGAAACGUAAAUGGGGAAAGGAAAAUUUACUGUGUCUUCAAUACAUUUGAAAUGACUAGUGAGAGCUGACAUAUAUGGCAAAGGAUAAUAACAUAUGCACAUAAAACACUUAAAACAUUCUGAAAGAUGGUAUAAACAUUCUAAAUGCUGCUGGAAUAUAUAUACAAAAAAAUAAUUUUCAAGAAAAUUUUCUCUGAUUGGCCACAGGAGUCUGACUUAAUUGAAACCUUCUGUAUGGCACGAAGAAUUCUGGGACUUUGGCAUUUUCCCAAGAAUCCUCAGAAUGUUAGUUUUUUGCCUCUCUCUCUCUCUCUCUCGCUCUCUCGCUCUUUUUUUUCCCCUCAUCCAGUGGUGUCUUACAUCAGCUUACCGUGCCUGAGUGUGAGAUCUGAAAGAGAACUUCGGAGAGAAAGAAAAGGUCUUGUUUUUGUCCUCCUGGUUAGACAUACAUUAUUUGGAAUUAAUAAAUCUUUGGACAAAUGGUUUGAAAACAGCAACCCAAGCAGAAUGAACGUCCCGUCUCCGCCUGAGAUGAAGCAGCUUUGGAAGAUGCUCUUUCCGCUCCUUAUCCUGCUUUACCUAUCGGGAGCUGUCAAGUCUCAAGUAAAUCCAGGUGUGUGUCGGUCCCCAUUGGGAAUGUCCAGAGGCCAGAUCUUAGAUGAAGAUAUUUCAGCGUCCAGUCAGUGGUCUGAUUCCACAGCAGCAAAAUAUGGCAGGUUGGACUGUGAGGAAGGAGAUGGUGCGUGGUGUCCUGAGAUAGCAGGAGAACCUGAGAAUAUAAACGAGUUCCUGCAGAUAGACCUUCGUUCUCUGCACUUCAUCACUCUGGUGGGCACUCAGGGACGUCACGCGGGGGGCAUUGGUAAUGAAUUUGCCCAGACAUACAAGAUCAAAUACAGCCGUGAUGGCAGCCGCUGGAUCUCCUGGCGCAACAGGCAGGGCAAAGAGGUCAUUGAGGCAAACAGGAAUGCCUAUGACAUUGUGUUGAAGGACUUGGAGCCACCCAUUAUUGCACGUUUCAUCCGCUUCAUGCCCGUCAUUGAUCACUCCAUGAAUGUUUGUAUGCGUGUGGAACUGUACGGCUGUGAGUGGCUGGAUGGCUUGGUUUCAUAUAAUUCUCCAGUUGGCCAGCAGAUGACUCUCAAUGGACAGUAUAUUUAUCUCAAUGACUCUGUGUAUGAUGGAGCCAUGAGUAACAGUAUGACAGAAGGACUUGGACAACUGACGGAUGGCAUGUGUGGCCUCGAUGACUUCACACACAGUCAUGUCUACAAUGUAUGGCCUGGUUAUGACUAUGUUGGCUGGACCAACGAGAGCUUUUCCAAUGGUUAUGUUGAGAUCAUGUUUGAGUUUGACCGCACCCGCAACUUCACCACCAUGAAGGUGCACUGCAACAACAUGUUCUCCCGAAGGGUAAAGACCUUUCAGAAGGUGGUGUGUUAUUUCCGCUCAGAGUCGGACUGGGAAGCUACUCCCAUAUCAUUCAGCCCCGUGAUGGAUGAUGUCAAUCCCAGUGCCCGCUUUGUCACCGUCUCACUCUACAAUCACAUGGCCAGUGCUAUUAAGUGCCAGUACUACUUUUCUGACAUCUGGAUGAUGUUCAGUGAAAUCACCUUCCAGUCAGAUACAGCCAUGUACAACACAACUCUGUCUCCCCCCAAGACUGGUCCUCCUAUCAGCAUUCAGCCAGGGGAUGACCCCACCCACAAAGUAGAUGACAGCAACACCCGGAUCCUGAUUGGCUGUUUGGUUGCCAUCAUCUUCAUUUUAGUAGCCAUUAUUGUUAUUAUACUAUGGAGACAAGUGUGGCAGAAGAUGCUUGAGAAGGUGUCUCGGAGGAUGCUGGAUGAUGAAUUAACUGCUAGUUUGUCAAUACAGAGUGAGACCUUCACCUAUAACAACAACAGCCCCUCUUCAGUGCCCAGUGAGCAGGAGUCUAGCUCCACCUAUGAGCGCAUCUUCCCUCUGGGACCCGACUACCAAGAGCCCUCUCGCCUGGUUCGGAAACUGCCAGAGUUUUCCCAGACCUCAGAGGAUACCGCUUCAACAAAUACAUCUUCCAAGUCCCCUCCAGUCAGUGUACAAGAGGGGGUCCCACAUUAUGCAGAGGCAGAUAUCGUCAACCUGCAGGGUGUAACUGGGGGCAAUACCUACGCAGUGCCCGCCCUCACCAUGGACCUGCUGUCAGGGAAGGAUGUCGCUGUGGAAGAAUUUCCUCGAAAACUGCUUACCUUUAAAGAAAAGUUGGGAGAAGGGCAGUUUGGAGAGGUGCAUUUGUGUGAAGCAGAAGGCAUUCAAGAUUUCAUGGAUGAGGACUUCUCCUUCGAUGUCAUUGAAAACCAAACAGUGCUUGUAGCUGUUAAAAUGCUUAGAACGGAUGCAAAUAAAAAUGCCAGGAAUGAUUUCUUGAAGGAGAUAAAGAUCAUGUCACGAUUGAAAGACCCCAACAUUAUCAGGCUGCUGGCGGUGUGUAUGAGCUCUGACCCUUUGUGUAUGAUCACCGAGUACAUGGAGAAUGGAGACCUUAAUCAGUUCCUGUCUCGCCAUGAGCCCGAGGGCAUGAUCGCUCUCCUCAGCAACGCUCCCACAGUCAGUUACAGUAACCUACACCACAUGGCCACACAGAUUGCUUCAGGCAUGAAGUAUCUAUCAUCACUCAACUUUGUGCAUCGAGACUUGGCCACCCGCAACUGCCUAGUAGGGAAGAACUUCACCAUCAAGAUUGCAGACUUCGGAAUGAGUAGGAACCUGUAUAGCGGAGACUACUACCGUAUCCAGGGCAGAGCGGUGCUGCCUAUCCGCUGGAUGUCAUGGGAGAGCAUUCUUCUGGGGAAAUUCACCACAUCCAGUGAUGUGUGGGCUUUUGGCGUGACCCUUUGGGAGAUGCUUACCUUCUGCAAAGAGCAGCCUUACUCACAGCUGUCAGAUGAGCAGGUCAUUGAAAACACAGGAGAGUUCUUUCGGGAUCAAAGGAGACAGAUAUACCUGCCUCAGCCGCCAAUGUGUCCAGACCCCGUCUACAAGCUCAUGUUGAGCUGCUGGCACAGGAACACCAAAGAGCGUCCAUCCUUCCAGGAGAUUCAUCACACAUUACUGGAUUGCAAGCCAUAGUGUCCACUUGUAUAGUGUCCACUCCCAGAGACAUUUCAGUGUGCCCACAGGACUCCAGUCAACUACACACCGCAACACGCACUUAUAUGUUCUCGUAUAUAAGUGAGAUCAGAGUCUAUCAUUUUUCUGUAGCAAUUUUCACUGUGAGUGUGCAAAGGCAAACUGAUAUAUAUUGUAUGAUUGAAUAACGCCCCCUAACUAAGUGCCUUCGGCUGUCUUACAAUACCUGGGCAGCACUAGGCCAAAGAAAAUGUAGCAAUGAAUUUAGGCACCUUUAACACAGAAUAAUUGUAUUUUACACACUGUGUUUUUUCUUCAAAUAACUCUAAAUAUUCUAAAAUAUCUAUAAGAAUAUUUCUGAAUAGAAAGAGGAAAUGCCAAAAAACAAGGUAUUGGCUACUAAUGCGCCUUUAAUUAUGUCCAAUUUAAUGUUGUUUUCAGUAUUUUGAGGCCGAAGACAGCUUGAAUGUAAAUAAGAAUCAUUAAUUGACAUUCAGAUUCACCUUUGGUUUUAUCUUGAUGUCUCUUGACGUUUGUGUAUAAUUUCAUCUCAUUUAUCGAAAAUGCUAAAGUAUUUUGUUAUUUGACAUAUUUAAUUUUUUCUUUGUAGUAAACUGCAAAGACCACUUUCAAACAAGAGGAUUAACAGAAAGCCAAUUUAUCUGGUUGUCACAGAAUUUCAAAUUCAAAAUCAGAAAAAUGUACUUAAAAUUGUAAAUGUAAAAACAUAUAUUAGUGUUUUCCUGCAACUACCUAUAUAUUGUGUUUAUAUUUAAGCGUACUGCAUUAUGUAAGUGUUUUGCUUUUCUUUAUGUUAUAUUGUUUGAAGAAUCUUGGUAUGGUGAUAAUGGUUAUUUAAGUCCAUUUCAUUUGUGCUCUUAUUUUUCUUCUGCUUAAAACAACUUUUGCAUCAAGAAACAGACAUUUCAGCAUAAUGAGCUAUGAAAAGCCAUAAUUCUUUUACAGAAGCGUCUUACAAUAUUUGCAUGAAGUUGGAUGAAAUCAGAUAUGUUACUAAAUGCUAAUUUCACGUUUUCAUUGCAUUUGUCCUAUGUUUUCAUCUUAUCUCAAAUUAGGCUGAAUGGGGUAGUAAGUACAUUUGUUUUCACCAGCUAAUUUUGUUUAUUUGUAGAAAAUAUUGAAAUAAGCGUAUUUUAAAGCUAUUUGUUUUUCUUUUAUGUCAGAGUACAGUAUAUUCUAGGUGGUGCCGAAUUGCUAAAGUGUGGGAUAAAUACUGGAUUUGUAUUGAACAGAUGCACUAUGAUGGUUUACAGUAAGUCGUGAUAUGUUUUGGCAUGUGAAAAGUGCUGCAAAUGGGAGGCUCGGAAAUCUGUUUUGUGAUUAAUAUGACCAUAUUUUUGAAAAUGUGUGCACCUUUCGGGGUUGGUUAAGAUUUUUAACAGUCUAUAAGAAGUGUUUUGGUUGUGGGUUUGAAAGUAUUUUAGCUAUAAGUAUAAAUUAUUUUUAGCAUUCUUGACAUGACUGAUGAAGUUGCUUUAUAUUCUGCACUGUUACAUUAAAUGUUCCUUCUUCAAACCAUAAACGAUAUAAAACAGGAACAGCCCUUUCUGAGGCUUUGAGUUUGUUUACAAAAACAUUCCACUUCAUAAAACAUCUUUGUGAUGAACAGUUUUCAUAUUCUGUACAUUGAAAAUGGCAUAUCACAAUGCAUGGAAAAACUGGAUUUUUUUUUUAUUCAUAGCAAAAUUUCCUUAAAGUCAUGCUUAUCCUUUCUAACCUAAGCUUCGUGCUGUAUUUUUAAUAAGUCCUAAUUUUCCAUUAUCAGCCUAUUGUAUAGCUAUGUUAGGAAACUGUACAUAAAAUAAUAAAUUGAUGAACCUUUAAACUUGUUGUCUAGACAUUUUAUAAUAACAAAACUACGGAUUUCAUACUUACACAGUAAUAAAACGUGUGUUUGUUGUUUGAAUUCAUAAGUGAAUUGGACAUUUGUGUACAGCUUAGAAUGUAUCAAGACAUUCAUUUUAACGUGUGUACUCUAAUAUUUGCUUUUUAAAUCGUUCUUUUCAUUGUGCAUUGGUUUUCUGUCGAAUAAAUAUGAACUGAAUCUUAAAAA